AGAAAUUCCUUAAUUUCUAUAUCUUCCACCUUGAAUUCAGCUUCUCAUCUUUGUCUUAUUCCUUCAAUCCUCCCUUUUCAUUCCUUAUCCUACGCACCCCCCUCAUCUUCAUCUCUUCCCUUUGAAUUUGCAGGAACGGUAGAGACAUCUGCUUUCUUCAAUUCCAGUCCAAUGAAAUCCGAAGAAGAAACAAGUGGAAAUCAAGUAAACCCAGAAACAGAAUUCCUCAAGAAUUCGAAUCCGGCUGAUGGAUCGCCUCGAUGCGUAUUGGAAAUACCGAUUUUGGGUGUAGAUUCGGAUAAUAGUAGUAGUAGUAGUAGUAGUAGUGUUAGUAGUAAUGGCAGCGGAAGCGGCUGUAAUGAAUCGUCGGUCUCGGAGUCGAAUGGAUUGCAAUGGAGAAAUUUUAUGAAUGUUUUGAGGAAGAAAUCGAUAAGACGGCUUUCGACGUUUCCGUUGCCGGGUUCAGAGCUGUCGAGGAGGAAUUUGAGCAGGAAACUGGGUCAAAUUCGAAACGGAGAAGAUGGAGUAGAAGGCGGUGGAGAGGCGGUCGUUCCGAAGCCGUCGUGGAGGAGCUUCGAUUAUGAAGAGCUUGUGACUGCUACUGAUAAUUUCAGUUCUGAGAAAUUGAUAGGAAAGGGUGGCCAUGCAGAGGUUUAUAAAGGAUGCCUGCCUGAUGGGCAGCUUGUGGCAGUGAAGAGGCUAACAAAGAGAAAGACAGAGGACGAGAUUAUAGCUGAUUUCCUAACUGAACUCGGCAUAAUCGCACACAUCGAUCACCCCAACGUGGCCCGCUUGAUCGGUUUCGGGGUUGAUGGAGGUUUGCACCUUGUUCUCCGGUUCUCCCCACAUGGAAGCCUAGCUUCCAUGCUCCAUGGUUCAAAGGACGGUCUGGAUUGGGCUAUCCGAUUCAAGGUAGCGGUCGGAGUAGCGGAAGGAUUGUUAUAUCUUCAUCAGGGCUGUCGUAGACGCGUAAUUCAUAGAGAUAUCAAAGCAUCCAACAUACUACUCACUGAUGAUUAUGAACCACAGAUAUCAGAUUUCGGACUAGCGAAAUGGCUCCCCAACCAAUGGAGUCACCACAUUGUGUUCCCCAUCGAAGGCACAUUUGGAUAUUUGGCACCUGAAUACUUCAUGCAUGGGAUCGUAGAUGAAAAAACAGAUGUUUUCGCAUUUGGGGUGUUGCUGUUAGAGCUCAUAACGGGUCGUCGAGCCGUUGAUGCUUCUCGCCAGAGCCUCGUCAUGUGGGCCAAGCCGCUGCUCGACGCAAACAAGGCCCAAGAACUAGUGGAUCCUUGCUUAGGAGAUGCACACGACCCGGUCGAAAUGAGACGUGCCAUGUCCGUCGCUUCCAUGUGCAUUCACCACCUAUCAUCCAUGCGACCACACAUGAAUCAGGUGGUGAAGCUUCUCAGAGGGGAGAAUGGUCGAGGAGAAGUGAAGGGAAGAGAGCACAGACCCAAUGUUUUAAAGUCAUUUCUCUUUGAUGCUUGUGACUUGGACGACUAUACAUGCUCUAGAUAUCUCAGUGAUCUCAAUCGACAUAGGAAGCUUGCUUUGGAAUAGAUUGUUGCAGUGAUUUACUAAAUCUGUAUCGUGACUAUGGUUGUUUUUCAUUUUCCAAUCGGAGCCGUUCAGAUAGUUUUGAAGUGUAAUUUGGUGGAGCCCAUCUUUUGAUAUCUUCAGAUCAGGAAGUCGGUGUUGGAUUUUGUGGUCAAGCAACGUUCAUGUUCCACAUCACAUAUUAUCAAUGUAGAACGUGUGGGUGAAAUCUCAACCACAUGUAAUUUGAUCGAUCAUGGAUUGUAAUUACAUAAUGGACAGUUAAACCUACAAAUUUUCU